AUGAGCGUCGCGCAAGCUCUGCCCUCAAGUAGCGCUGCUCUAACGGCUACUACCACUUCCUCGACCUCAACCAUGCAACCUCCUAUCAUUCAGAGCAACAACAGCCAUCAUCAUGGUAGUGUGGGAAGUAAUCAACAACCACCUUCAUCAUCAGUCAUGCCCGUAUCUCCUCGUAGUGCUAGUACACCUCCCACUGGCAUACCCCAACAAUAUCAUCAUCAUGAGGGCAUGAUGCCUAGAAAGUCCUAUUGUUGCGAAGACUUUGAACUGGGAGAACAAAUUGGAGAGGGAGCCUAUAGUAGAGUUGUUCUAGCUACAUUUAAACCAACCGGAAAGCAAUAUGCGUUGAAAAUUAUCAAGAAGCAACUGAUUUUGAAGGAAAACAAGACCAAAACUGUAAAGAUGGAGAAACAAGUAUUGAACAUGAUGGAUCAUGAUAACGUGAUUAAAUUGUUUUGUACAUUCCAAGAUGCCAAUAAUUUAUACUUUGCUCUCGAAUAUGCCCCAGGAGGAGAAUUAUACUCGUACAUUAAAAACUAUGGUCCUUUCUCGCUGGAAGCCACUCAAUUCUAUACUGCUGAAAUUGUAAAUGCUAUGGAAUAUAUGCACACACUCGGAAUUAUUCACAGAGAUCUUAAGGAUUUUGGAACAGCCAAAAUCACAGCUGAAGAAGAAGUCACUGUAGGAGAAUCUCCUCUUAAAGCAAAGAAGGGUACAUUUUGUGGAACUGUACAGUAUGUCUCGCCAGAGAUUCUCAAAGAUGAAGAUUGUACUGAGGCUGCAGAUUUGUGGGCUCUCGGUUGCAUUGUGUAUCAAAUGCUUACAGCCACUCAUCCAUUUAAGGCUGAGUCUGAAUACUUAAUUUUCCAAAAGAUAUUGAAGAGAGAAUUUGAAUUUACUGACGAUUUUCCAUAUGUGGCACGCGAUUUUGUUGACAAGUUGCUCCAAUUAGACGCGCCCAAACGAUUAGGUGUUGGCCCAUACGGAUACAAGGAGCUAAAGGCUCAUCCCUUCUUUGAUGGCAUUGACUUUAAUAAUUUGAAGAAUCAAACUCCACCAUCCAUUGUACCAUUUGCUGACUUGAAUGCUAUUGAACUUGAAGACAAGCAAGACGAUUUUGAUGAGCCUAACCCCUACAUUGUAGAAAAACUGAACGAAAAGUGGUCUCUAUUUUUACUUAAAAACGAAUCCAUAGUCUACACAAGAAAAGUUGUAAAACGAAGAAGAUUGACCGCCAAAAAGAGACAGCUCAUUCUAACUGAUUGGCCAAGACUCAUGUACAUAGAUUAUGAAAACAUGGUGGUGAAAGGAUUUGUACCACUAUCAAAAACCCUUAAGAUUAUUAAGAAGUCGGACAACAAUAUGAUUUUACGUACACCAGGACGGGAUUACAUUAUUGAAGACGUAAAGGGCUGUGUAGAUAGGUGGUCAUACUGGAUUGAAAAGAUGAUUUCUGAAAAACUUGGUACUAACUGA